AUGUCGAUUCACAUCCCACUCCCUAUCCCAACUCACCCAGAGGCUUCGUCACCAUCAGCACUUUCGGAGAAGGAGCAGGCUUUAUAUGACGUUGUCUACGAACACUUCUCUGCCGCAGAUUAUACGCUUCCAGAUGUCAACCAGGAAAAGGCCGCACUAGUAGUGGAUGAAAAGUUUUGGCUCUCAUACGAAUGUCUGCUGAGAUACCUACGUGCCACAAAGUGGGAUUCGAAUGAGGCCAUCAAGCGCUUGGAAGACACGCUAAAAUGGAGACGCGAUUUUGGGAUUUACGAUACCAUCACACCUCAACAUGUUGAACCAGAGGCAACGACUGGCAAAGAGUUCCUCUUUGGUUAUGAUACUCGGGGUCGACCUGCCCUCUACAUGUGCCCCUCAAAGCAAAAUACCGAGGAGUCACCACGUCAAAUCCAUUAUACUGUCUGGAUGCUCGAACGCGGCAUCGACCUUAUGGGUCCAGGUGUUGAGACCCUUGCGUUGAUGAUAGAUUAUGCGGAUAAAGCCAAAAACCCCUCAAUCGGCACGGCUCGCACAGUGCUCAACAUUCUUCAGACACACUAUCCAGAACGUCUCGGUCUUGCACUCAUUGCACAUCUUCCUUGGCUUUUACACGCAUUCUAUAAACUAAUAACGCCGUUUAUUGAUCCCCUCACUCGGCUGAAGAUGGUAUUCAACCCCGUUAUCACUAACAAUGGUCUUUUUCGGACGGCUGUGGACGCUGAAGCCUGGAGUGCCAAUAGUGAAUCACGGGUAUUUGAGCCGGACCAGCUUGUGCAGGAGGGUUGGAAUGGCUCCCAGCCGUUUGUCUACUCCCAUAUCAUUUACUGGGAAGCGUUAGUGAAGCUAUGUGAGGAGAGGCGGUCUAGGAUGGUUGCGGCGUGGCAUUGUAUUGGGGGGAAGGUCGGUACGAAGGAGUGGGAAGUUAAAAUUGCCGUUAGGGACGAGGCGAUGAAUGUGCAGGUAGAUGCGGAAAACGUGCUGGCGAAGAAUGACCAGUUGCAGUCCUGA